UGCCAGAACCUACUAAGACCUGUUCAAGCCAGCCCCAACCUGCCGGUACCAGUACCAGUACUUCCACCAGCACUCUGUCCAACAGCAGCAAUGGCAAACGUGCAUCUGCCAGCAGCCAGCAGCCAGCUGCGUCCCGUUACCUGCCUCGCGAGGUGCCUCCACGCUUCCGCCAGCAAGAACAGAAGCAGCUGUUAAAGAGAGGUCAGCCAUUGCCUACAGGGGCUCUGACCAGUGUGAGCCCGACCCAGGGUGCUGGGCCUGCAGGGGUAAGCCCUCCUCCCCUCCCUGGAACCGGAGUGCAGCAGCAUCCCAGUAAGCUCCAACCAGAUCUCGGUCACGGUGGAUUGGCAGAUCACUAUGAAAGUUCCCACUGGGGACAGCAGCCCACGUACAGAGGUGAAGCCAGCAGCAGCUGGGAUAAAGUGAUAAUAGACAGGACUGACAAGGAGGCGUGGCCUUCCAUCACAGGAGCAGAGACUGAAUCUGCCUCAGAAUGUACUACAGACACUGACUCUGCCUCCAACUGUGGCUCAGAGAACAGUAGCAUGGCUACAGGGAGUGCCCAGGGCACCUUCACUGGACAUACCAAGAAGACAAAUGGCAAUAAUGGCACCAAUGGUGCACUCGUCCAAAGCCCUUCUAAUCAGAGUGCCCUUGGAGCAGGGGGCGCCAGCGGUAAUGGCAAUGGAGCCAGAGUGUGGGGCGUAGCCACAGGCUCCAGCUCCGGCCCCACUCACUGCUCUCUCGGUGCCGGGGAUGGAAAAAUGGACAACAUGAUUGGAGAUGGGAGAAGUCAGAGUUGCUGGGGUGCUUCCAACUCCAAUACUGGCAUUAAUCUUAACCUUAACCCCAAUGCCAACCCAGCUGCCUGGCCUGUACUUGGACACGAAGGAACUGUGGCAACAGGCAACCCUUCCAGUAUUUGUAGUCCGGUCAGUGCCAUAGGUCAAAAUACGGGCAACCAGAAUGGGAACCCAACAGGCACUUUAGGUGCUUGGGGAAACUUGCUGCCGCAAGAGAGCACAGAACCACAAACGUCCACUUCUCAGAAUGUGUCUUUCAGCGUACAACCUCAGAACCUUAACACUGAUGGACCAAAUAACACUAACCCCAUGAACUCUUCACCAAACCCUGUCAAUGCAAUGCAGACAAACGGACUGCCAAACUGGGGCAUGGCUGUUGGUAUGGGGGCCAUCAUCCCGCCCCACCUGCAGGGCCUUCCUGGUGCUAAUGGAUCAUCAGUUUCUCAAGUCAGUGGGAGUGGUGGUGAAGGAAUCAGCAGCUCUGUGUGGGGACUGUCCCCAGGUAACCCUGCCACAGGAAGUAGCAAUUCUGGGUUCAAUCAGGGGAAUGGAGACACUGUGAACUCAGCAUUGAGUGCUAAACAAAAUGGAUCCAGCAGUGCUGUGCAGAAGGAAGGAAGUGGAGGAAAUGCCUGGGACUCUGGCCCUCCUGCUGGUCCCGGACUCCUUGCCUGGGGACGGGGCAGUGGCAGCAACAGCAGCGUUAGUCAUAUCCAUUCGGGGGCUUGGGGCCACCCCAGCCGGAGCACCUCUAACGGUGUGAAUGGGGAAUGGGGCAAGCCCCCAAACCAGCAUUCCAACAGUGACAUCAAUGGGAAAGGAUCAACAGGGUGGGACAGUCCGAGUGUUAGCAGCCAGAAUCCUGCCGUGCAGCCUGGUGGCGAACACAUGAACUCUUGGGCCAAAGCUGCAUCUUCUGGAACAACAGCGAGUGAGGGAAGUAGCGACGGUUCUGGCAGUCACAACGAAGGAAGCUCCGGGAGGGAAGGAGCAGAAGGCCGAAGGCGAGAUAAAGGGAUGAUAGACCAGGGGCACAUCCAAUUGCCAAGGAACGAUCUUGACCCAAGAGUUCUGUCUAAUACUGGUUGGGGACAGACUCCAGUAAAACAAAACACUGCCUGGGAAUUUGAAGAGUCCCCUAGGUCUGAGAGAAAAAAUGACAAUGGGACAGAGGCCUGGGGCUGUGCCGCUACUCAGCCUUCAAACUCAGGGGGGAAGAGUGAUGGGUCCAUCGUGAACAGUACAAAUACCUCUUCAGUGUCCGGGUGGGCCAGCGCACCGCCCGCUGCUGGGCCAGCAAACACAGGCUGGGGAGACAGCAGCAACAAAGCGCCAAAUGGCCCAGGGGUUUGGGGGGACUCGAUAAGCUCUACUGCUGUUAAUAAUGCUGCUGCUGCCUCCAAGAGUGGCCAUGCUUGGAGUGGGACCGUAAAUCAGGAGGAUAAGUCGCCCACCUGGAGGGAGCCUCAGAAACCCAAAUCUCAGAACUGGGGAGACGGACAAAAAUCUAAUCCAGCCUGGAGUGCAGGAGGGGGAGAUUGGACAGAUUCAUCUUCUGUCCUCGGACACUUGGGGGAUGGGAAAAAAAAUGGUUCUGGAUGGGAUGCUGACAGUAAUCGGUCAGGGUCUGGUUGGAAUGAUGCCACCAGGUCUGGGACCAGUGGCUGGGGUAAUGGCACAAAUGCAAAGGUGAAUCCAGGGACAAACUGGGGAGAGUCUUUAAAACCUGGCCCCCAACAGAACUGGGCAGGUAAACCCCAAGACAACAAUGUGAGUAACUGGGGAGGAGCCGCUUCCGUUAAACAGACAGGAACUGGGUGGAUUGGGGGGCCAGUCCCUGUCAAACAAAAGGACAGCAGUGAGGCCACAGGCUGGGAGGAACCUUCUCCACCAUCCAUUCGACGCAAAAUGGAAAUUGAUGAUGGUACCUCAGCUUGGGGUGACCCAAGCAACUACAACAAUAAAACUGUAAACAUGUGGGAUAGAAACAAUCCAGGCCUGCAGAGCAGCACCACGGCCGCUGCCACCACCACCACCACCACCACGAGCAGCAGCACAGACCUGGUCGAGACGCCACCGCCACACCAGGCCAGCACCCAGCUGAAUCGGUCACCACUGCUUGGUCCAGUCUCAGCGGGCUGGGGAGAGAUGCCUAACGUCCAUUCAAAGGCUGAGAGCUCUUGGGGAGAGCCGUCCUCCCCCUCUGCCCUGGUUGACAACGGCACCGCAGCAUGGGGCAAGCCACCCAGCAGCGGUAGCGGAUGGGGGGACCAGCCCACGGAGCCACCAGUGACAUUCGGGAGAGCCAGCGCCCCCACCGCUGCCCCAGCCCUGUGCAAACCAGCUUCAAAAUCUAUGCAAGAAGGCUGGGGCAGUGGUGGGGACGACAUGAACCUCGGUACCAGUCAGUGGGAAGACGAAGAAGGGGGCAUGUGGAACAAUGCUGCUUCCCAAGAAAGCACCUCCUCCUGCAGUUCCUGGGGGAAUGCCCCCAAAAAAGGACUCCCAAAGGGCAUGAAAACGUCUGGCAAGCAGGACGAGGCCUGGAUCAUGAACCGGCUGAUCAAACAACUCACAGACAUGGGCUUCCCGAGAGAGCCAGCUGAAGAGGCCUUGAAGAGUAACAAUAUGAAUCUUGACCAGGCCAUGAGCGCCCUGUUGGAAAAGAAGGUGGACGUGGACAAGCGUGGACUGGGAGUGACCGACUACAAUGGAGUGGUCACCAAAGCCCUUGGCUGCCGCCCACCAGUCUCCAAAGACUCUUCCGGGGACCGCCCCACCUUUCUUGACAAGAUACCGAGUGGCAAUCUGGGUAUGUUCGGCAGUAGCGGAGCAGCACAAGCCAGGACCAUGCAACAGCCGCCGCAGCCCCCCGUGCAGCCUCUGAGCUCCUCCCAGCCCAGCCUCCGUGCUCAAGUGCCUCCGUUUCUAUCCCCUCAGGUUCAAGCACAGCUUUUGCAGUUUGCAGCAAAAAACAUUGGUCUCAACCCUGCACUAUUGACCUCGCCAAUCAAUCCUCAGCAUAUGACGAUGUUGAACCAGCUCUAUCAGCUGCAGCUGGCAUACCAACGUUUACAAAUCCAGCAGCAGAUGCUACAGGCUCAGCGUAAUGUUUCCGGACCUAUGAGACAACAGGAGCAGCAAGUUGCGCGCACAAUCACUAACCUGCAGCAGCAGAUCCAGCAGCACCAGCGCCAGCUGGCCCAGGCCCUGCUCGUGAAGCCGCCGCCGCCCCCGCCGCACCUGUCUCUGCACCCCUCUGCAGGCAAAUCGUCCAUGGACAGCUUCCCCCCCCACCCCCAGGCCCCCGGCCUGCCUGACCUGCAGACCAAAGAGCCGCAGUCUUCACCCAGCACCUUUGCUCCUUACCCUCUAGCUGGACUGAACCCAAACAUGAAUGUCAACAGCAUGGACAUGACUGGUGGUUUGUCGGUGAAGGACCCGUCCCAGUCCCAGUCACGUCUCCCUCAGUGGACACACCCCAACCCGAUGGACAACUUACCCGGUGCUGCUUCUCCCCUCGAUCAGAACCCCAGCAAGCAUGGUGCUAUCCCUGGAGGUCUAAGCAUUGGGCCUCCAGCUAAGUCCUCCAUCGACGACUCCUAUGGCCGGUACGAUUUAAUCCAGAACAGUGAGUCACCAGCCAGUCCUCCUGUAGCUGUUCCCCAUAGCUGGUCACGUGCCAAAUCUGACAGUGAUAAAAUCUCCAAUGGCUCCAGCAUCAACUGGCCCCCAGAAUUCCAUCCUGGAGUUCCAUGGAAAGGACUUCAGAAUAUUGAUCCCGAGAACGACCCCGACGUCACUCCUGGAAGCGUCCCCACUGGGCCCACCAUUAAUACCACCAUACAGGACGUCAACCGCUACCUCCUCAAGAGUGGAGGGUCCUCCCCACCGUCAUCUCAGAGUGCCGCGCUGCCUUCCUCGAGUGCCUGGCCGCUCAGUGCCUCCGGCUACGGUCGCUCUUUCAGCAGCAUCGCGCCCGCGCCCAGCAUUGCAGGUAAACUGUCAGACAUGAAAUCGACGUGGUCCUCUGGCCCUGCCUCCCACACGCAAGCCUCUCUAUCUCAUGAACUGUGGAAGGUGCCCAGAAACACUACUGCACCCACAAGGCCGCCUCCAGGGCUAAGCAAUCCCAAGCCUUCCUCCACCUGGGGAGCCAGCCCCCUCGGCUGGACCAGCUCCUACUCCUCGGGUUCCGCAUGGAGCACCGACACCUCAGGACGGACAAGCAGCUGGCUCGUUCUCCGCAACCUCACGCCCCAGAUCGAUGGCUCUACCCUGCGGACACUGUGUUUGCAGCACGGGCCUCUCGUCACAUUCCACCUGAACCUGACUCAAGGCAACGCCGUGGUCCGCUACAGCUCCAAGGAGGAGGCCGCCAAGGCCCAGAAGUCCCUGCACAUGUGUGUUCUGGGAAACACUACCAUCUUGGCCGAGUUUGCCAGCGAAGAAGAGGUGAAUCGUUUCUUAGCCCAAGGCCAAGCACUGCCGCCCACCUCCAGCUGGCAGUCCAGUACCGGGACCGGCCAGACGCGGCUGGGCGCCUCGGGCGGCUCCCACGGUCUGGUGCGGAGCGACCCUGGCCAUUGGAGCGCCCCAUGUCUGGCAGGCAAAGGGAGCAGCGACCUGCUGUGGGGCGGGGUCCCCCAGUACUCCAGCAGCCUGUGGGGCCCGCCCAGCAGUGACGACGGCAGGGUGAUCGGAAGCCCCACCCCAUUGAACACUCUGCUGCCUGGCGACCUCCUCAGUGGGGAAUCCAUCUAGCACCGACAGGACCCCCAUGGGCGCCACAAUCAUCAGCACCAGGAAGAAAAAGCUGCCCCUUUCCAGUCCGGGUGGCGCGGAGGACCCCGCUGGACCUGAGCAGCCCGGCAGCCCUUUGAGUACCUCUGUCCAGACUGAAGACGAGCCCUGGCCGCAGUCCUUGCGAACUGUUCCCGAGACAGUGCGGGCUGCGCUUGGUCAGUGUCACGUGCUAAUGACAGGAUGUUCCUCAUAGCUUUUUAUUUUGUGUUGUCUUAUGUUUGUAUGGUGUGUUGUCGUUUUGAUUUUUUAAGUAUAAAAGCUGCUUAGAAUAGUUCUAUCAUGAAGGGCACUUUUCAGAUUGUGGGCUGGAAAGGGUUAUUUUAUCAAGGGGGGCGGGAGGGAGGGAGACGAGAAAGCCUAUUUAAAACGAGCCUGUGACGAUUAUGCACAUUACCAGAGGCGGACCCCGUAAUCAGGGGGAGCUGGUGUCCAUCACUGGGCGCAGAGCGCGGGCUCCACACGGCAGGCCUGGUGGCCUAGACCGGCAAGCUGCACAGAGACAGCGGCCUGCGGCCUGCUCUCUGCUCCCACGGGUCCGCCUAUGCACAUUACCCUUGUUCCAUUACUUUUUCAUGCCAUUUUUUUUAUCCCAAAAAAUAUUUUUUAAAAGUUAAAAAAAAAAGACAUAUCAAACAUGCAAAUACUUGAAUCCAGCAGGCCAAUAAGGAAAUGUGAACACUUGCCGCGUCGAAUUCUACACUUCCAGGCUGACAUCAGUGCACAGAAACAGGCUCUAGGAAACAUUUCUGAGUUCACAGCCUAUGUGCGUGUGUGUGUGUGUGUAUGUGUGGAAACAGAAGCGUGUAUGCGUGUGUGCACGUGCGCGUGUGUGUGCACUUUCUGUGUUUGUGUGUUCUGUGUGUGAGGGAUUUAACUGUGGGUUUUCCCUUUUAUUCAGUAUAUGCUUUUUUUUUGGCGCAUUGGUCAAACGUUUGUUACUAUUAUUAGCUUCUAACUUUGCACUGAGUGUCCCUGCCCUUCCUUUUGCUAAUCCUAUACAUGAAAGAGAAUUCAUAGGACAGGGCCGGUGACAAUUCAUGUGUAAAUGUUUACUCAAGGACUCUGUUAUUGCGUUUAAAAAUUACAGUGUAUAUCUCUGGAGAAAUAAUAUGUAUACCUACCUUUAGCAGCUUUUUAUUGUGGACUAAUGCAAGAAACUGAUUACCAGAGUAUUGCACCGUGUUUCCAUGUGGAAUAGAAAGUGAGAGAGAAGACAGCUGUUGCAGAAGUGUGGCCAUAGAUCCUCGCGGAGAGCCGAUGGCUCCGCGGGGGAAACGGAGACAAGCACUUGGACGUGGGUGGUGACCGCUUUUGGAGGGGCCCGUGCUCAGGGCUCCCACCUGUUUACAGACCUUUUUUUCUCCUUCAGACUUUAAAAUAAAAAAAUUUUAAAAAGGAAUUUAAAAAAAAAAAAAAAGAAAAAAGAGACUUCCGUGGUAAAGAAACCUAUUUUCAGAAUGCAGAUACGCUACUUCAGAGCUCUGGGAUUGAACAGUAUCGUCGCUUCCCUCCGGCCAUCGUUGUGGACUGUCGAUUGUUCCCCGUCGUUGAGGCGACGAGACGUUGUGGUCACUGUCUUGCACAUGCGGAUGCGCUCUCAGGAAAGCCAGGGUUCCCGAGGGGCAGCUCCACACCAUUUCAUGUAUUUUGUAACCCAACUCCUAGCACUGAAGAUGUUAUUAAAAAACAAACAAAAAAAAAAAAUAAAGAAAAAAAAGAAAAAGAAAAAAAACACAAAGAAGGAAAAUACCUAAUCUCUAAUGUGUAGCAGUUACAUAUUUACCAAAUAACGGACUCAAAAGAAAUAGAUGUUUGAAGAGUGCUUUAUAUAUUAAAAAUUGCUUUAUGUUUUAAAAAUGAUCAAUGUUUUGAUUGUUUUGCAAGAAAGACAGACAAUGGAGUAACAUACCCUCAAGUAUGUUUAAAAAUAUAUGAACAUUGUGCUCCCUGCCUGCUUGAUCAGGAAACUUGUGCAUUACAUUUUUUUUAAUUAGCUUUUUAAUGGUUUUAUCAAAACAAAACAAAAAAAAGAACAAAAAACAAAAAAAAAAAAAAAGAUCCUGCAAAAUUGCAGAUCAACAAAAGCUGGUUUUAUA